AUGGCACCCCCCAAGCAACAGUCCAAGCCCGAGACCGCCAAGGUCAACGAGUCUCCGAUCAAGAAUGCCUACCUCCUCUUCUACAACGCCAUAUCCGCCGUGGCAUGGGGCAUCGUCCUCGCCCGCACCGUCUCCCUCGCCGGCCUCGAGGGCCCCGAGGCCGUCUUCCCCGCCAUCGGCAACCGCACGAAAUGGACCCAGACCGCCGCGGGCCUCGAGAUCCUCCACUCGCUGCUGGGAGUCGUCCGCGCCCCCGUCUUCACCACCGUCAUGCAGGUCGCCUCGCGCUUCCUCCUCGUCUGGGGCGUCGUCCACCCGUUCCCCGAGCUCGCCGUCCAGUCGCCCUUCUACGUCUCCAUGCUCCUCGCCUGGUCCCUCACCGAGGUCAUCCGGUACAGCUUCUUCGCCGUGGGGCUGCGCUUCGGCGGGCAGCCCGCCUUCCUCACCUGGCUGCGGUACAACACCUUCUUCGUGCUCUACCCCGUCGGGAUCACUAGCGAGUGCGUGCUCAUCUACCUGGCCACCGGCCCCGCGGCUGAGCAGUACGGCGAUGUCUUCAAGUACGGCUUGUACGCCAUCUUGGCUACCUAUGUCCCUGGCGCCUACAUUCUGUACACCUACAUGAUGAAGCAGCGCAAGAGGGUCAUGCGUAACCUCAAGGCCAAAAACGAAAAGGCUUCCCAGUAA